AUGUCGACCUUAAAGGCUGCUAGAGCAGAUAACUUCUAUUUUCCUCCAGAGGAGGACUAUAGUAGGCAAAAAAAGCGACUUAGACGAAAUAAGUACAACAAGCAUGACAAAUUUCACACCGAUAAGGGCGAGAAGACGGGCGACAUAUGGUCAACCGGAAGAAAAGGGCCCACAAUAAGGUUUGAGAUGCCAUUCAAGGUGAUUUGCCUAAAAUGUAACGCAUAUAUCGCAAAAGGGGUUCGGUUUGACGCGGAAAAGAGAUCGGUGGGCAAAUACUACUCGACAGACAUAUACGCGUUCCGAAUGUCCUGCUUCAGCUGCUUCAACAGAAUAGUUAUCCAGACGGACCCGGAAAACACAGAGUACAUCUGCAAGGAAGGAGUGCGCAAAAAAAUUGAGCUCAAGAGCAAAGACGACCCCGAGGUAAUAACAGUGUCGUACGACGUGAACGAGAAGCAAAUGAGAGCGACGAACGCGCUCUACAUACUGGAGCAGCAGGCAGAGGAGUCGCUGAGGAAGAGCAGUUACGGAGAGGUAGGCCUAGAGGAAGAGAAAGGGAAAGGUUACGAAGAUAAUAGGCACGGACUAGGGUUACGGGGGGAGGAAAACAGAAGGGAAUCAAAUGAGCUGGCACACACACAACUCGCCAAGGAGGAGCUGAAUAAAUUCGUGGCAAAACCCCUGGAAAGAGACGACGUGGUCGACGACGAAGCGAAGAUAGAGUACCUGGAAGAUCUGAGCGAAUCGAGGAACAAGGACUACUACCUGGCGAACUCGGCACUGCGGAGAAGAUUUAGAAUGAACAAAAAGCUGAACGAGGAGAACAAGCACGAAAACUUCAGCAUACCGCUCCUGAAGGUGGAAAAGGAAGACAUCGAGGAUUCCAAAAAGAUAACGUUCAUUUCGCAGAACAAGAAGCUCAAAUCGCACUUUAAGAGACUGAUAAACAACAAAAACGACAUCUUUUCCAAAAACUCGGUGAGAACGUCAAGCACCAUUUCAGUCCCGAAUACACUAGAUGAAAAGAAAAAGAAACUGCAAUUUAUAAAAUACAUAGAGUCGAAAGCCAAAAAAGGCUAA